AUGGCCUCCGAAGCCCUCCCCCGAAUUUGGCAUCUCUGCCCAACAGAACCCACCACACGCAUACCUGCACCUCCGUCUACAGAGCUCUUCAUUGGUGCCAUAAUCCGCAGCAAGCUCCUUAAGGACCUUCGCGUCCCUUUGAAUCGUUUCGAGCGUCCCAAUAUUCCUUCCAACUGGAUCAAACAAGCGGGCCCACAGAAAACGUCGCACAGAGUCAAAGAGAGUAAGGGUACGUCGGGGGGCUUCUUCACCACCAUCGCAAAAUUGAUUGGUCUUGGUCCACAAGCGAGUGUGAGCUAUGCAGAAGAGACUGAUGUCACAUACAACUUCGAAGAGGAAUGGGAUAUGUGGUUAGACGUGCCACUUGAGGAGAGAAGAGCGGACGUGGAUGAUUCAGCUUCGGUCUCGUUUUCGUUGUGCGAGGAUGCGGUGGCAGCGUCGGCGACUGUGCAGAAGUUCCGGGACGAAAGUGGCUGGCGUAAACCAGUCUACAUGGUCACGGGCAUCAAGUGGGUGAGUGGUAUCAGCAUAAGCCUGGGCUCUGGUCACAAAGUUUGUGGGAAGGCUGCUGUGGAGGCAGAUUUGAGUGCUGUUACUGGUGUUCCAGCUACGAUAGGUGUACAGGGUACUGGGUCAAGGGAAACACUAAAAGUGCACGUUGCCAAAGGCGGCAUGCCGUUUAUUUUUUGUGUGAAGUUGACCAAGGUCAAAUGGGACAGGACAGGAUAUUUAAUAAUUGAGGACAUGCGUAAGGGCACUUACAUGAAUAUCGGCAAAGCUGAAGAUGAUGAUGAGCAGAUGUCUGCACCUCCCCUGGUAGCUAGUGAUGCCACUGCACAGGACUUCGAUGAUUCUGAAGCUAUCACGCUUGUGGACGUGAAUACUGGAUUGGAGGAGGAGUUCUUGUAUGACAUCGAAUGA